CACCUACAAACACUCCGGCACCCACGCUAUACCGACCUCUGUAACUCCAACAUCGGCACCGACCCCUAUGAUGCCUCCAAUACCAACCCCUAUAACUCCGAAGCCGGUACCAGCUCCUCUCUCUCCAACACCAACACCGGUGGCCCCAACACCUACACCCGUGAUGCCGCCAACACAGACGCCUGUGACACCAACGCCGGCACCGACCCCUGUUUCUCCAACGCCAAACCCAGUGGCCCCAACACCUACCCCUGUGAUGCCACCAACACCGACGCCGGCAUCGACCCCUUUCUCUCCAACGCCAAGUCCGGUGGCCCCAACACCGACCCAUGUGGUUCCGAUGCCAGCACCAACCCCUGUCUCUCCAACGCCAACCCCGGUGGCCCCAACACCGGCCCCUGUGAUGCCGCCAACACCAACAUCGGCGACUCCGAUGCCAGCACCGACCCCCGUUUCUCCAACGCCAACCCCGGUGGCCCCAACACCGACUCCUAUGAUGCCGCCACCACCGACCCCUGUGACUCCGAUGCCAGCACCAACCCCUGUCUCUCCAACGCCAAUCCCGGUGGCCCCAAUAUCGACCCCCGUGAUGCCGCCAGCACCCACCCCUGUGACUCCGACGCCACCCCCAGCCCCGGCCGCAGCGCCGGCUACAUCGACCGGCAAGUGCCCCGUGGACACACUAAAGCUGCGUGCGUGCGUGGACGUGCUCAAUGGGCUGUUGCACACGGUGAUCGGCAGUAGCGCCAGCACUACAUGCUGCCCGCUGCUGUCCGGCGUUGCCGACCUCGACGCUGCUCGCUGCCUUUGCACCACCAUCAAGGUCAAGGCCCUCAACAUCAACCUCAUGCUGCCCAUCGCCAUCGAGGUGCUCGUCAACCAGUGCGGCAAGAGAGUGCCGAAAGACUUCCGCUGCCCUAAUUAAGCUCCAUCGAUUACUAUAUGUACUAUCAGUAUCACCUGCAUAUGAAUGCGAUACAUGCAUUAAAUUCUCUUGUGUGGUCACACAGGUGACAUAUCGAAGUGUAAUAAUCUAUAUGUACAUGGAUUUGCAGCUCUGACUCGCUACUUGUGACGGGGAGCUGUGGAGCAUGCAUACAUUGUCUUUGUGUAACAGCGUAUCAUAUAGUAACCGUAUAACAUGUUACCAAUUGUGGUCUUCCA